CUUUGCCAGGAUGCUGCGAAGGACCCGGGCUGCAGUGAUGCUGCAGAAGACCCUGAGGAUGGUUCUGGCCCGGCGCUCCUUCCUGCGCGUGCGCCAGGCUGCCGUCACCAUCCAAGCCUUUGCCCGGGGCACGUUUGCCCGGCGCCUUGCCCAGGAGAAGCAGCGCUUGGCAGAGCAGCUCUCGGGGCUGAACGCUGCCCACGCUGAGGAGGUGCAGUGCCUGCGGGCUGAGAUGCAGCAGCUGCGCGAGGAUGCGGCCCGUGACGCCCAUGUCCAGCAGCUGCAGGAGCGGCUGGCCGAGCUGGAGAGGCACAGCAUGAAGAGCCGCCUGGGUCAGGAGGUCGAGGAACUCAGGCAGCGCUUGGCGGAGGUGGAAGCCAUGAAGCUGCAGCUGGGAGAGGAGAGGGAUGCCCUGAUCCAGCGCACGUUGGAGCAGUCGCAGGAUCUGGAAGAGCAGCACCGGCGUGCCGCGCGGGAGAGCCAGGGACUGCUGCAGGAGCUGGAGGAGGAGCGGGCGCGCUACCAGAGCCUGGUGCAGGAGUAUGCCCGCCUGGAGCAGGGCUAUGAGAACCUGCGGGAUGAGGUGGCCUUCCACAGGCAAAGCACCUUGAGACGGUCCCCUUCGUCAGAGAGCUUCUUGGGCUCCGAGAGCAGCUACUUGUCCUCCCUGUCCACAGCUCCCUCCCGAGAUGGCUCCGACCAGCCGGCUGAGGGGCCGGAGGAGCGCUGGCAGCCGGUGCCAGAGGGGCCACAGCCCGGUGGUGAGGCGCUGCUGAACGGUGGGAUGGGCCAGGAGCCUUUCGAGAAGGCAUACUUUCUCCUCCUGGGGCAGCUCAAUGCUGCCAAUGAAGAGCUGGCCCGGACCCGAGAUGAGCUGCGGCGGUCCAAGGCCGCUGUGGAGCCGGAGGAGAGGAAACCAUUGGACUUCCUCAAGCGCAGGAACAUAGCUGAGAUGCUGGGGCUGGGCAGGAGCCCCGAGAAGGUUGCAGCGGAUGAUGACUUGAAGCACGCGUAUGAUGCGGUGCAGGUCGCCAAUAGGCUGCUGGCAAGUCAGCUGCGGGAGGAGAAGCAGCAGCACGAGGAGGAGGUAGAAGGGCUGCACCUCGACAUCUGCUCGCUCAAGCAGCUGAGCCAGCAGCAGGCAGCGCUCAUCCAGGACCUGCAGCAGCACCAGGGGCAGGAGGGGCUGCAGCACCACAUCCUGCGGCUCAAGGAGGAGAACUGGGAGCUGGCCCAGAAGCUGGAGAAGCAGGAGAGGACCACACUGAAGCUCCAGAAGCAGCUGAGAGCCUAUGCAAAGCAGAUCCAGGAGCUUUCAGUGAAGAGAGAGGCUGUCAGGCCAGUGCAUGAGUUGGCAGCGUCCGCUGUCAUCCUGUCCCGGUCCACCACGGUCCCGUCCCCGGCUGGGCUGUCCCAGGCCAUGCUAGCAUGGAGGAUGGAGGACAAAGGGCGCAUUAUCAAGGCCAUCAUCACAGACUACAAACCACAGAGCAGCCCUGGGGCGCUCCCAGAGCUGCCAGCCUACGUCCUCUUCCUGUGCUUCCGGCACGCAGACCACUGCUGCGACGAGCCGCGGGCCCGCUCGCUCCUGGAUGCAGCCGUCGAUGCCAUCAAACGGGUCAUGAAGAAGCACGGUGAUGACUUCGACGUGGUGGCACUCUGGCUUGCCAACACCUGCCGGCUCCUGAACUGCCUGCGCCAGUACGGCCAGGAUGAGAGCUACUGGCACGGCAACACGGCACGGCAGAAUGAGCAUCGCCUGCAGAACGUGGACCCCCAGAGCUCCUGCCACAGCCUGGGUGCCCUGGCUGUCCAGCUCUACCAGCAGCUCAUCCGCACCGCCGAGAAGUGCCUCAAACCCAUGAUUGUUGCCGCAAUGCUGGAGAGUGAGCCCAUACAGGGCUUAUCCUCCUCCUGCCCUCCUGGCCACCGUCGGUCCUCGUCAGCCCCUGCACACACGCUGCCCGAGCUGCUGCAGCAGCUGGGCUCCUUCCGUGCAGCACUGGACCGCCAUGGGCUGGCCCCCAGUGUGGGGCACCAGGCCCUGCGCCAGCUCCUCUUCCUCGUCAGUGGCACCACCCUCAACUACCUGCUGCUGAGAAAGGACACGUGCUCCUGGAGCCGUGGCAUCCAGCUCAGGUACAACAUCAGCCAGCUGGAGCAGUGGCUGCGGGCAGAGGGGCUGCAGCAGAGCGGAGCCCGCGAGGUGCUGGAGCCCCUGGUCCAGGCUGCCCAGCUGCUGCAGGUGAAGAAGGUGACGGAGGAGGACGCUGGAGCUCUCUGCAGCCUGUGCACAGUGCUGUCACCCCAGCAGGUUGUGAAGAUCCUCCGGGCUUACACCCCGGCUGUCGGGCUGGAGGAGCGUAUCAGCCCCAGCUUCAUCAGCAGUGUUGAGAAGCAGCUGCAGGACCAGUAUGGAGAGGGACCCAGCCAGCUCCUGGUGGACACCAGCCACCUCUUCCCUGUACACCUGCCCUUCACUGCCUCCCCCCUCCACCUGGAUGAGCUCCGCAUCCCUGAUGCCCUCAACCUGGCCUUCCUUGUCCACCUCUGA